GAGAGAGAGACAGACGUUAGAAGGGUAUGUGCAGCAAGAACAGUCCUUUUAGCAUCAGACGAGCCAAACUCAUCUCUAUGAGCAAGAAAGAAACCACUGUAAGGACCCUUAAAACCGCUCACAAAACCAGGACAAAGACCAAAAAACCCAAGUUUCUCAGCUUACGCCUUGAACUUUCGCCGGAAAACACUCAACAAUCUGUCAAAAUGGCCACGACAACCACCCCCCAUGACUGCCGUAAGCAUCAACUCAAUCUAUUCCCACUUCACCCGGAAAGCAUAGUCGAAGACAAGGAAACCCACGACGACAACGUCGCAAACUUCUUCUCCACCGCCGACGGAGGCGCCACCACUCUGACCGCUCUUUUUGGCACCUCCGGGUCUUCUUCUGAAGAUGAAAGCCCUCUGCCGCCACCGUACGCCUACAGGGACUCAAACGAGGACGGUGAAGUACUUGUACGGACGGCUAUGAAGAACAAAGAGAGGGACUCGAGUGAAGAGAAAUGGGUGUGUUACUCGGAGGUGGUUGAGAGGAAGGAGGAGGAAGUCACGAGCUCUGCAGUUGAUCAUUUGAAACAGAGAAAUCGUAUACAUCAAGGGUUGUCGUUGAAGCUUGAUUAUGAGGAGAUCUUGAAUGCUUGGUCUCAAAAGGGCUCGCUUUAUAUCCAUGCGGAGCCUCCACAAACAGUUCCUGAUCUCCAUGAAGACUUCCUCGGCCAUGGCACCACCAAUGGGCCGAGAGAUGGAUGGCAAAACAAUGGAGGGCUGUGGAGUGUUCCGGAGAUGAGUGGAAUGAGCAGCAGUGGCCAAUUGAAAGUGAAGGAAGAAGUAGAAGAAGAAGGAGACGAAUGGAAGAUGGCACAUAGAGAGGCUAGUGUUUUAAGAUACAAGCAGAAGAGGCAGAAUAGGCUCUUCUCUAAGAGGAUUCGAUAUGAAGUUCGAAAGCUCAAUGCUGAGAAACGCCCUCGUGUGAAGGGGAGAUUCGUGAAGAAAAAUUGAGAGUGCCUACUUUUGGAACUUAUCAUAUUACUGAUAAGAAAAGAUAGGUGUACCGAUGGUUUUGGUUUUUGGUUUUCAUCUUUUCCCAUUUUGCCCGUGCUGUCAUAAAUUGGGAUGGCUUGUCAUAAAGGAGCUAUCCCCAGAAAAUAAAAGUAUAGAACUACUGUACAAAUGUAAAUGCAAAUGCGAUCAGCUUGAAAAAAUGGAUCAGAU